GAGAGAGAGAGAGAGAGAGAGAGAGAGCGCUACAGCUACCCGCCAUUGCUCUCCUGUAUUUAUGUAGCCCUCAGAGCGGCUCGUGUGGAGGUUUGCAGGGAUUCAGGGCUUCCUGGAGCUCCGGACUCGUGAAGAAUGUGUGAAUUCAGAAUGCUGAACACACGAUGGAUGCUCUGGUUUAUCUGAGGUUGCUGCGAGCCUGCGACCCCCCAGCUCUCCCCCACCACCCACGCCCUCCUCGCUCCUGGGCGUCUGACCCAACGGCGUCUGGCUCCUGGCGAACAGAGUAGAGCUCUUCUCCACACUCACAGGUGAAAGGUGACCCCCCCUGUGGAAGUAUGCCUGGAUGGAGGUCUCAGUGGCGUCUGGUGCUGCUCAACCUGCUGACCUGUGGCCUGGAGAUCUGCGUUGCAGCCGGAAUCACCUAUGUGCCCCCACUGCUGCUGGAGGCCGGCGUGGAGGAAAAGUACAUGACCAUGGUGCUGGGUAUUGGUCCUGUCCUGGGUCUCCUUUUCAUCCCUCUCAUUGGCUCGGCCAGUGACCACUGUAACAGCAGCUAUGGCCGCCGUCGUCCCUUCAUCUGGCUGCUGUCUCUGGGCGUUCUCCUCGCUCUGCUUAUCAUUCCCCACGCUGAUGUUUUGGCGUCCCACCUCAGCUGGGGCACUGGCCUCCCCAUCCAGGCUCUCCAGGUGGGGCUGCUUAUCCUGGGCGUGGGGCUGCUGGACUUUUGUGGUCAGGUGUGCUUCACACCGCUGGAGGCUCUGCUGUCUGAUCUGUAUCGAGAGCGAGAGGACUGCGCUCAGGCCUUCGCCAUGUUCUCGUUCAUGGUGAGUCUCGGCGGCUGUGUGGGCUACCUGCUGCCCGCGCUGGACUGGAGCGGCGGCCUCCUGGCCUAUUAUCUGGGAGGACAGGCCGAGUGUCUCUUCAGCCUCCUCAUCCUCAUCUUCAUCAUCAGCGUGCUGGUCACCAUGAAGGUGUCGGAGGAGCACUCGUGCAGGCCGCUGGUUCUGGAGCCCGGGCCGGUGGAAACCGGGCAGUGCGGUCCGCGCUCCUGCUGCUACGUGCUACAGUGUAAACUCAGGCUGCUGAAGUCUGGACCUCUGCUGUGCUUGCUCAGGACUUGCUGGUCCAUGACCCCGGCCAUCUACAGGAGUUACUGCCACAUCCCACGGGUCAUGAAGCAGCUGUGUGUGGCACAGCUGUGCAGCUGGAUGGCCGUCAUGUCCUUCAUGCUCUUCUAUACGGACUUUGUGGGAGAGGGACUGUAUGAAGGAGUGCCCAGUGCUGCCCCGGGCACUGUGCUCAGACAGAGAUAUGAUGAAGGCAUCCGAAUGGGCAGUCUGGGACUGUUCCUGCAAUGUGCUACCUCAACCUUCUUCUCGCUGGUCAUGAGCCGUCUGGUGCGCGUGUUUGGCUCCAGGAAGAUCUACCUGAGCAGCAUGGUGUCCUUCACAGCUUCUGCAUUGGUCAUCUGUCUGUCCAAGAGUGUGCUGCUGGUCACGGCCAUGUCUGCCCUCACUGGGUUCGCCUACGCCACCCUACAGACUCUGCCAUACACCCUUACCUGCCACUACCACAAAGAGAAAGAGGUAUACAUGCAAAUCAGCAAAACCAAAAAGACGCACAGAAGUGAGAUGAGCUCCUCUCAUGAAGCUGUAUGUCUCACAGUGGAUGAUGACACGGGUGAUCUGAACCACAAGAGUGGUCAUACGAAUGGUCAUGCCUACUUCAAGCAGGAACAUUACCCCUCUCAGCACAGUCAGAAUGGUGCUCCUGCUGGUCUGGGGUCAGACGAUUUUGAAAAACGAGGCGUCGGCUUGGAUUUUGCCAUUCUGGACAGCACCUUUCUGCUCUCUCAGGUCUUCCCCACUCUCUUCAUGGGCAUGAUCGUCCAGUUCACACAGUCCGUCACUGCCUAUGUUGCCUUUUCUGCCAUUUUUGGUGCAAUCGGUGUCUAUUUUGCCACAGAUAUAAUCUUCGACCAAAAGGAUCUUAAAUCCUGAGAGAUCCUUAAAUCCAUCAGAGUGAGAUUGCACUGGGCUUCCAGGAAACUGAAAGUGGAAUGGACCUGUUUUUCCUCUGUCUGCAGUUCAAACCCACAAAAGAGAAUUAUCCUUCAUCAUCACACCAUAGCCAAAUUAGGCAAAAUCUCUUGCUGCAUUGUUUUCUCUGUUUAGUUAAUUGCUUUCAUUUCCCAGAUGCAUGUUUCCUUAUGUUUCCUUAUUCUUGAACUCUUCAUCUUGGGAUAACCUACACAAUAUGAGCUCAGUAGGCCGAGGAAAGCAGGCCCAGAUGGCGUCACAGUGCUCUGGAAAAAUGCCUAGCACUCAUCAAGUUCACUCCAUUCUGAUCAGGUUGAAUUUUUUUUUCUGUCAUAGUUUAUUUUUCAUCACAUUUACGUACAAAUUAUGCAUUGUGCAAGCAGACCCACUUCACCAACAUGAGUGAAUGAAACUCGGACCAAGGGACGCAUCAGUCAGAUGUGAUGUGCUGUGACGCGAAUGCAUUUUAUGUUGUGUAAAGAAAGAUUUAGAAAGUAACUAUUUUAUUGUGUAUAUUUUUGUAUAUUGAUAAUAUAUAUAAAUAUAUUUAUAUCCCUAUGGGAAUUGUUUUAUGCAACCUGCUUAGUGAGGUCAUGUGUAUUUAUGUUAAAAAAAAAAAACAUUGUUUUUUGAAUGAACUGCAUUUGUGUUUAUGUGGUUUGAGUAAGCAGCGCUAAUAUCCAAAUACAGACAGAAUCUAAAAAAAAAGACAAUCUAGAUUAUUUUUAUACAGAGAUCUGAAUUAAACUCCUCUUUACACUGUAGAAUCACUUUGUGCCACAAAUGAUCAUAAACGUGUAUGAAGUGACUAUAGACGGAUGUGGAUGUGAAUUUGUAGAAAGAUGUCCAAUCAUUUUUACAAUAGAGGGUAUGCAAAAAAAUGUCACAAUUGGAGGGAGGAGUCACUGCAGACACGCCCACCGAGAGGCACACCAGCUUUCAGUGUGAAUUCUAUUAAAAUAAUUGCUGCAAUUCUUAGAACUAACUGGAAUCCAGGCACUGAAACAUGUUCACUUUUAGGUUUUACUCAAUCCUGGUCUUGGGAUACGACUGUCCUGCUUAUUUUAGUGUGUCCUGCUGGAUCACUAUCAAAGGCUCAGGUACCACUUUAAGGAUCAGGUACCACUUUAAAAUAACACUCCUUUAAAAUGAGUUUAAAAAUAGUUUAUUAAAAGUUUAUUUUAUUAUUGGAUAUAAAUGAAGUUGUAAAUACUUAAAAAACAUUAAAAACCACUUACAACACAAAUAGAAAGAACAACAGUGAAAUUAACCAUUUUAACAUAUCUAAUAAAAUAAUAUAGGGAAUUUGUUUAGUCAUUUAAUAUGUUAAUAUAUUAAAAUUAAUAUAUUAAAAUUAAAUUAAUAAUUUUUUUCGCAAAAAUAUUAAAGCUGACUGAUAGAAAAGACAAACACACGUGUGAAGUUAGUCACCUCUUUUUUUUCAAGCUGCUGCCAAUGCAUCAUUGCCUAAGCAGCUAGUGCACUCGGAGGAAAGCACAGCGACAUAGACCGAUACAUCUGCUCACAGUCGCCUUGUGCCACCCAGUGCCACCUUUGAGCGUGAUGGGGAGAGAGCACCAUCUACCCACCCGGAGGGAGCAAGACCAAUUCUGCUCCCUCUAAGCGCCGGCAGCUGAUGACAGGGCUACAUGAACGGGAUUCGAACCUGCGACCUCCCGCUCAUAGUGGCAGCGCAUUAAAUCGCUGGAUCACUCGGCGGCCCAACUUCUACCUUUAAUUUGAGCAUACUGUCAAUGGCAAUGCCAUUUUAAUAAGAAUAAGUGGCCGUAUUGCAGUGGGAAUGUGACAUCAAUGCAUACCCUCUAUACUGGGUCAGGGAAUAUGUAUGUCUCUCUCUGUGUGUGUGUGUGUGUGUGUGUGUUUAGUAAAAUAAAACUGGUACAAGUCUCAGGAAGGACCCGCAGUCCAGGUAAAGCUUCAAAUCUGAAACACCAGAGCACAAACAGGUAUAUUUAAGCUACUUGUGUUAUAAUUUCUAAAAAAAAAACAAGAAUAACAUGUAUAAGUCAGCAUCUGCAGUCUCACAUACUGUAAUCAUCAUAAAUGAUUGCUGUUUACAACUCACACAAAUUACCAAACAGCUAAGGCCAUAUUACUGUUAAUUACCAUAUAAUUCUGCAGAUUUGCUGAUACCAUAAACACUGCUGUUUGUUUAGAGAUUUUGGCAUUAGCUGCUAAACUGAAUUUUCAUGUCUUCACUGCCAUUUAUAUUAAACAUUUAGAUAUUUUAUAUUGUUUCUAGAUCUAGUUGUUGACCUACAUAUGUUUUAAAAUGACUCAAUCUGUUCUCCGGGCUUCGGAACAUGUUUUUUUCAAGUUGAUAACCAUCUGACCUCUGUAUGAUAUGAAAGAUACUCAACUUUAAAGUGCCUGAAUUUUUUUAUGUAAAUAGGCAAUUAUUUACAAUGCCUUGAAUACGUUUUCAUACCCCUUGAACUUUUCCACAUUAUUCCACUGUAUUUUCAUGUGAAACCAACAAAGUUCAUUUAAUUUAAUUUAUUGGGAUUUUAUGUGAUAGACCAAGCCAAAGUCGCAAGUGCCUGUGAACAGCAAUGUUUAAGUCUUGACACAGAUGCCCAAUGAGAUUUAGGUAGGUCAGGACUGGGUCACUGAUCUAAACCCUACCACUGUAGCUCUGGCUGUACUUUUAGGGUCAUUGUCCUGCUGGAAGGUCUUAAGUCUUUUGCUGCCUCUAACAGGUUUUCUUCCAGGAUUGUCCUGUAUUAAUCUCCAUCCAUCUUUCUAUCAACUUUGAGUAGCUUCCAUGUCUCUGCUGAAGGAAAGCCUCCACACAGUAGGAUGCUCCCACCACCAUGUUUCACAGUGAGGAUGUUGUGUUUAGGGCGCCAACAAUAGUGCUUUGCAUUUAAGCCAAAAAGUUCAAUUUUGGCCAAUAUUAUCUUUUUCCCACAGUGAGCAUGGGCCUCUUGAAUUCUCCUCUAUUGCUCAAGCUGUCAGUUUAGGUGGACAGCCAUGUCUUGGUAGGCUUGCAGUUGUACCAUAGUCCUUUUAUUUUUGGAUGAUGGAUUGAACAGUUCUCUUUGAUAUACUCAAAACUUGGGAUGUGUUUUUAUAACAUAGGUUCUUGAUCUUCAUGAUGCUGUUUGUUCACUAGUGUUCUCUAACAAACCACUUCAUAGGCCUUCAUAGAACAGCUGUAGUUAUACUGAGACUAAAUGACACACAGCUGCAGGACUCACUAAUUAGGUGACUUUUGAAGGAAAGUGGUCACAUUGGAUUUAUUUAUUUAGUGAUUUUAGAGUAAAGAGGGCUGAAUAGAAAUGAAAAGUGUGGACACCACAUUUUUCUGAUUUUUAUUUAUUUAAAAAAAAAUUAAACCAUGUAUAAUUUUUUAUCUUUACUUCACAAUUAUGUUGUGUUGGUCAAUCACAAAAAUGCUAAUAGAUUACAAGCAUGCGCAAGUGUGUAGAAAAGUGAAAAAGUUCAAGUGGUAUUAAUACUUUUUUAAAGCUCUGUAUCAAGUGGCAAUGGCAGUGUGAUUCCUCUUCUUGUGACGGGAAGUUAAAUUAUGCUUUUAGAGACUAACCUGCUAUUUUAUAUAUUUUUAAUUGCUGUCACAUUCAUCAUCUUACCCUAAUUAUUUAUACAUGGCUAACAAAAUGGAUUAGCAUUCAUUUGCAGCAGAGUUAUCGAGCUAUUGACGAUGCUGUGUAUAAACGAGCCUCAGCACAAAACACUGUACAGCGUACCACCAUCCAUCACCCCUGCUGGGCUCUGCGUGCCUCAUAAUGAAUUUUAAUAAUGUACUUUACAGCGUGCUGUUCCUCAGUGUAAGAGCACAUUAACUGCUUUAAGACUGCUUUAACUGAGACACUUCAGCAUAGCUCAGUGUUGUUAGUCGUGUUGCAUAUUAUAUCGAUGGGUAUCUGAUCUGUAUACUGGUGUAAUCAGUCAGAAUACUUAUAACCACUGUACUUGCUAAAAAAAACCCUGGGAUUUUUUUUUUUUUUUUUUUUACAAAAAUCAUGUUUUUAAUAGCUAUCACAUUAAAUUAAGCCUUUUGUAACAAA